ACCAAAGCUACCGAACCGAGGCAAAAGCGUACGUUUUCCCGCUCGUCUCUCUAUGUAUUUAUUAUUUAUCCUUAAUGUGUAUGCUUAAUCACUCUCUUCAGUCUCUCUCUCACUAGGCGGCGAUCACUGAGCAUGGCAAGGAGUUGGCUUGUUGAUGGCCGAGCAAUUGCUAGAAAAGUUAAACAUGCAACUCUGCCUUUUGCAGAUCAAAUUAAAGACUGUGGGGUGAAACGUGAAUGCCCCAAUUGCUUUUAUUGCAUUGAUAACAGUGAUGUGUCUCAUGCAUGGCCUGGACUGCCAGCUGGUGUGAAAUUUGACCCAUCUGAUGUUCAAAUUCUAGAGCACUUGGCAGCCAAAUGCGGUGUAGGAGAAUCUGACCCACACAUGUUCAUUGAUGAGUUCAUCCCAACACUAGAUAUGGAAAAUGGGAUCUGCUAUACUCAUCCUGAAAAUCUUCCUGGUGCUAAAGAAGAUGGAACUAGUGUCUAUUUCUUUCACAAAACUGCCAAUGCUUAUGCCACUGGUCAAAGGAAGCGUCGGAAGAUUCAAAAUGAAGAUAGUUCUGGUAAGGAGCACGUGCGCUGGCAUAAGACAGGCAAGACAAAACCUGUGCUGGAGAAUGGAACCCAGAAGGGCAGUAAGAAAAUCAUGGUUCUAUAUAGAAGUGCAGUAAACGGUUCUAAGCCUGAAAAAUCUAAUUGGGUUAUGCAUCAAUACCAUCUCGGGACUGAGGAAGAUGAAAAAGAUGGUGACUAUGUGGUCUCUAGAAUUUUUUAUCAGCAUCAGAAGCAGGGUGAAAAGAUUGACGGUCCAGUUGCCAUCACUGAAUCAAAUAAGGUCAUGUUGCACACUAGUCCCAAGACACCCAAGACAAAUACUCCCAAUCCGCCACGGCCAGGAAACUCGGGGUACCUGGAUGAUAUUAUGGAUGAGUUUCAACUGCGAUCAUCAACAUAUGAAGCAGAAUAUAUCACAGAGAUGAAUAAACCUUCUUCUGAUGUUCACUUGAAGGAUGGGAUAGAUGAUUCUUAUCUAGCCGGUGAAUCUCAAGCUGUUGUUGAUCAGGGAGCAGAAUUUGUCACGCAGAUGAAUGAGCCUUUUUCUGAUGUUCACUUGAAGGAUGAUAUAGAUUAUUCUGAUUUAGUAGGCAAAUCUCAAGCCAUUGUUGAUCAGGGAGCAGCAUUUAUCACAGAGAUGAAUCAACCUUCUGAUGUUUUCUUCAGGGAUAAUAUAGAUUAUCCUUAUCUAGCAGGCGAAUCUCAAGAUGUUCAUUUGGAUGGCAUCGAGGACUCGUUGUUAUGUGAUGAGAUUUUUGAAUCUUCUGCUCUUUAUAAUAAUAACAACAAUUCAGGUUUGUGUUACAACUCUUCAUCUGUCUUACCUUGUGAGGUCACUGAUGCAUCUGGAGCAGCAAACAAUGAAAGCUGUGGCAUACCUGAUCUUGAUGAUAUAGACCUCGACACUCCACCCGAUUUCCAGCUUUCAAAUUUGCAGUUUGGUUCACAAGACAGUAUAUUCGACUUACUAGACCGCCUUUAGUUGAGACAACGAUGAGCAGAAGGUUCUGAUAAUGAAGUUCCAGUUUUCUAAAGCAAGGUUCAACUUCAGCCAUGAGAAGACAGCUUUUGGAGUAAAAAAGACGAUGCAUCUGCCAGGUUGUGUUGGCACCAAAACCUUUUACCAAGGAAAGCUUUUGUAUUCUUCAGAUUAUGGUGUUUAACAUUUCAGUCUCCUGUUAAUCUGUAUGUCUAUAUUUAUGUACACAAAUUUGUAUAACUAUGUCCGACUGUUAAUGCUUUGACAAGUGAACCUUCUGAACGAAUCCAGGUGCAAAUUCUAUUA